GGCGUGGCAGUGCAGUAUACUGAUAUAUCACGAGUUGGCAACGUCCGCCUUUUAAUGAAUUUCCCUAGGAAAUGUGUGGAUAAAAGUUACUGGCAAGUUUGGGCGUGUUUCUGUUUGAUGCAAGUUAGUUGUGAGGCGGCAAUCUACGGUGCUGUGCAUUGAAAUUUAUUUAUUUAAAAGCAGCUUGGCGAGUUGCAUUAGAAUAUGACUACAAAAAGUCAUACAAUUGAGCAGAAGAAGAGUAAAUCAAAUUAAAAAAAAUUCAAAAGAAGUUAGCGAUAUUGCGCUUUGUGUCCGAUACGCCCCACCCAUUUCCUCCAUUACGUAAGCCAAGGGGGACGGGUAGACCUUGGCUAAAGUGAUCGAUUUACUUUAAUCGAUAUUUAGAAUGUAUCGAUAUACAAGGCAUAAAGGAAGAUGCUUAGAAUGUUUUUCGUUUUCUCAUUCAAUAAGUCCUCGAAAUGUGACUAGUACAAAGAUUUACAAGUGAAGAAAAAACAUGUUAAAUAAGUUCAUGCUGUGAAAUCUAAAUGGAUUAUCUGUCGGGGAGUCGAGCAGGAAAAAUAUACUUAAGUUUUGGUCCCCCAGAUGGCGAAGACGAAAUUCAGCAGACGACGCAGCCUCCUAUUUUCACCCGAUUCACCCACCCAAAACCUCCCGAUCUCCGAUCCAUCCGAUCUGCUAGCAGCGCCAGGACGGAGGAAUCAAGUUUUUGGCUUUUUGGUUGACUCGAUUUUUCCUCGGGAGUGAGUUUUUAGGGCGAGUGAUUUUCCCGCUCGUGAAAACGAAAGUGAAUGAGUAGACCCGACAGAAGAUCAAGAUAGUUGGUCUUCAAGUUUUAUGUUUUAACCCAAGUUUUCUAACACUUCACUGCGAUUUAGAUGACAAUAUUGCGUGCACAUCAAUAUCUGUACUUCAGUGGUAAGUAGCUAGCUUCUUUCAUAGUAUUACUCACCAGCCAUUAGUGAUUUCAAUGUGUAUCAUUUAACCUGUGUGAACUAUGCCCGUAGAAUUUGUCAGGUUUGUCACAGAGGUUGCUGUCUAAGAAUUCCUAGUAGGUUUAGACACUAUGCUUUCUUGUGUCUUGAAUUGUAGUGUAAUUGAAGAUGUAUCAUAGUUAAUAAUUAGAAAUGCUCAGUUUUUACACCUCACUUCUGUGUGUUACAUCAACCUGUGGUUCAGACAUAGUUCAACCUCGUGUAAAGAAUUCUCAGAGACUGAAAUGUCUGCGAUAUGGUUGAUUUGAGUAAUUACCUCAAUUGAAACCUACCUCCCAUGAAAUUGCAUGCUUGUGGUAAAUGCUGUAAAAGGUUAUAAUCUUAGAACACAUUAUUAUUUCGACAUUUUUGGUUUUCUAGUUUCACAUUCGAUGACAUCUACUCCUUCUAGUUGUAAAUACCUAGUGUUUCAACUAGAAAAUGAUUUUGAUCUACGUCAUUAUCAUUUUGGUUUUGGUUCAAAAUGGUCAGAGAGAGAACUGCUUUGAUUAUAAUGAUUCAAGUCAAGUGGCAGUGAAACCAGCGAUAGACUUGUCGGGAUCUGUUCCUCCAAGAUAUUCACUACUACAACCGGUACAGCUCCUAUACAACAAUUACGGCCCGUUUAAGAUUAAUUUUAAACGCAUCGACAAUGAAAACGUUUACAACUCUUUGAGAGACUUCUCUUUGAGGCUUUCCAAGCUGCCGUAUUAUUUGGAAAGAAACGUUUUAGGUACUAUGUUGGUUGUAUUGCUGGUCAUACUCACCGUAACCCUGAACAAAUACAAGCUCACUAGCAACCAUCGCCGCAAAUACAAGAAACUUAAAAGCAACCUAAAUACUCUCACUAAAAAAUUCGAGGAACAGCACAAGGUUAUAGGAAGACAAGAUAGGUUCAUAUCGCAGCAGCACGAGAGGAUUAUUCGACUCAGCAUCGAAAAGAUGAAAGAUUUCGGGUCCGACUUUGCUCAAGGCGUCAAAAUCACUAGUCUUAAAGAGGCGGUUCAGCACAUAUUUGGUAGAAGUGCAAAAAAUGUUGAAGACCAACAUGUAAUAAUUGAGUGCUCCAAGAUUAGAGAUUUACUUAGGCCCAGCGACGGUGCCAACAACUCGGACUAUGUAACAGGUAUUCAACGAGAUCUUUUGAUUUGGUACUUGGAGGGAGUGAGAGGGUACCGACUUAAAAGUCCAUCUGAGCUGGAAGACAAGCUGAGAAGAUUUCCAUGGGUGGUCGAAGACGGGAAACUGUCCCUCGUUAAUGUGCGUAAAUGCAUUCGUUUUGUGCACAAAGAUCUUAAACAAACCUUAGCCUUUUUAGCCCAAACGAUUGAUUGGGAUGAUUUGAAUUCGUUUAUUUCACCAAGACCCAAAAAAGGCAAAGCAAAGGGCCAUGGACUUUAUUUCCUUAUGCACCAUUUGUACGCUAGCCAUUGCAAAGCGACCAGCGCUACUGCACACAAUCCUCAAAGUCUGUUUUCUUUUCCGCCACCAGGAGAAAUAGAAAUAGAUGCGCAGGGUAGAAUUGAAACUGGGCCUGGAACAAUCAAAAUUAAAAUGGGUGAAAUCAAAAUCUCUAAAGAGAAAAUCCCAGAAGCAAAGAAACAACUGAAACGAUCCCUUGUAUUCUUUGCUGGUUUACAUAAGUUAAUUGCAGUCAACGACGAUGUGUCCCCUUGUGCGUCCCCUAUUUGUUACGAUCUCAUAGGAUAUAUAUUUAUUUCGGGGGGAACUAACGUCACUAAAAACGAAGUGCUUCCACUGCCUCCCCUUGGAAAGAUUUCGUACUUAAUAUUUAAUUCUUGAAUGCCAUAAGUGCACCUUCCAGGAAUAGAGUUCCCUUCUGCCGUUAUCUUUAUCAUCAAUAUAUUAUAUGAAAUAUUUUUAUCCAGAUGCUUUCUUCCAUCAGACUAUCCUUAAAUAACCCCCAUUUUAAAAAUUAGUUUACAGACUGUUUUCUUUUCCAAUUUUCAACAUUUCCUUCCAAACGGUUGUUUUAAUUUUUUUUUUUUGUUUUGAUAAUCAAUUUUCUCUGUCUUGCUUUCCAAUUUAUUAAGAAGUCCUACUGAACUCUAUUCUGGUGCUGCAAUAAAUGAUCGAUGCAGGUGUGUUUGUAUAGAUCAUGUACCAUUGUACCUGGCAUUAAUUUUUGCGAAAAAUAAAAAAUGUAAAAGUCUGGA